UGGAGCCGCCGGGCUCCCCCACUCCUCUUCACAUGGGGCUUGCCCUGCCGGCGGGACGGCGCUCCUGCUCUCCCGCCGACCGCUGACAGGCACCCGGCGCGGGAGAAGGGGGCUCGUCGCUGCUGCCGCCGGCGGGGCCCAGGUUAGGAUCUCUGUGAGGCUGCGCUGUGUCCUGACGCGUUAGGACCCAUCUGUGGUAGCUCAGUAGAGCGCAGAUCCUGGGAAGCAUGGACACGCCAGCAGAGGAAUGGCACGGCACUGGCACCAGCGGUACAUUUGGCACUGAACAAGGAAUGAAGAAAAUGAGCAACAUCUAUGAAUCAGCAGCCAAUACCCUGGGAAUUUUUAACAGCCCAUGCCUGACUAAAGUGGAAUUGCGAGUUGCAUGCAAAGGCAUAUCAGACAGGGAUGCCCUCUCAAAACCAGAUCCUUGUGUCAUCCUUAAAAUGCAGUCGCAUGGCCAGUGGUUUGAGGUUGACAGGACAGAAGUGAUUCGAACCUGUAUAAAUCCUGUCUUCUCCAAGCUGUUCACGGUGGACUUCUAUUUUGAAGAGGUGCAGCGACUGCGGUUUGAGGUCCAUGACAUUAGCAGCAAUCACAAUGGGCUGAAGGAAGCAGAUUUCCUCGGUGGCAUGGAGUGCACGCUUGGACAAAUUGUUUCUCAGAGGAAGCUCUCCAAGUCCUUACUCAAACAUGGCAACACAGCAGGAAAGUCAUCUAUAACAGUAAUCGCUGAGGAAUUAUCUGGCAACGAUGACUACGUUGAACUUUCAUUCAGUGCACGGAAAUUGGAUGACAAGGAUUUUUUCAGCAAAUCUGAUCCUUUUCUGGAGAUUUUUCGGGUGAAUGAUGAUGCAACCCAACAACUUGUUCACAGGACUGAGGUUGUGAUGAAUAAUUUAAAUCCAGCAUGGAAGACUUUUAAAGUGUCUGUAAAUUCUCUGUGCAGUGGAGACCAGGAUCGCAGGCUCAAGUGUAUAGUUUGGGACUGGGAUUCCAAUGGAAAGCAUGACUUCAUUGGAGAAUUUAGUUCGACUUUCAAGGAAAUGAGAGGAGCUAUGGAAGGAAGACAGGUACAAUGGGAAUGCAUUAACCCCAAGUACAAAGCAAAGAAGAAGAACUACAAGAACUCAGGCAUUGUCAUCCUUAACCAAUGCAAGAUACACAAGAUGCAUUCUUUCUUAGAUUAUAUCAUGGGAGGCUGCCAAAUACAGUUUACAGUAGCUAUAGAUUUCACUGCAUCGAACGGUGACCCUAGGAACAGCUGCUCGCUGCACUACAUCCACCCCUAUCAGCCCAAUGAGUACCUGAAAGCUUUGGUGGCUGUUGGGGAGAUUUGCCAAGACUAUGACAGUGACAAAAUGUUUCCAGCCUUUGGAUUUGGAGCAAGAAUACCCCCAGAAUACAAAGUCUCUCAUGACUUCGCAAUCAAUUUCAAUGAAGACAACCCAGAAUGUGCAGGAAUACAAGGUGUUGUGGAAGCUUAUCAGAGUUGCCUUCCCAAGCUGCAGCUGUACGGACCAACAAACAUUGCUCCCAUCAUCCAGAAAGUGGCAAAAUCUGCAUCAGAGGAGACCAACACCAAGGAGGCCUCGCAAUACUUCAUCCUGCUGAUCCUGACGGAUGGCGUCAUCACAGACAUGGCUGACACCAGAGAGGCCAUCGUCCACGCCUCCCACCUCCCCAUGUCAGUCAUCAUCGUCGGGGUGGGCAACGCUGAUUUUAGUGACAUGCAGAUGCUGGACGGUGAUGACGGCAUCCUGAGGUCUCCCAAGGGCGAGCCUGUGCUUCGAGACAUUGUCCAGUUUGUGCCAUUUAGGAACUUCAAACAUGCAUCCCCAGCUGCUCUAGCAAAAAGCGUUUUGGCUGAAGUUCCAAACCAAGUCGUGGACUAUUACAAUGGCAAAGGGAUAAAACCAAAAUGUAUGUCAGAGUACGAGUCUUCCAGGACACUAGCUCCAUGAAACUGCCUGCACUCUUUUACAAAAUUUAAAAAGAGAAAUGCUACUGUCUACAACUACUGUAUUUAAAAAUGAAACAAAAAAAAAUAGCACGUUUUGGUGAUUUUUAACUAAAAUACCUUUUUUUUUUUUUUUUUUGCAUGUGUAGCCUAAAGGCUUAAAUCUGUUAAGCAGUUGUAUUGUUGAAAACUUUUUAUGAGAAAAAAAAUCCAGAAAAAAAAGUGAACUCUUUACAUUACAGCAUGUUGCCUUGAAAUAAAAAAAGUUAUCUGUAUCUGGUUUUUAUACAGGUUUGUUGAAAUUUUGCUAAAUUUCUUAUAUUUACACUGUAAAGCAUUUUGAAAUAUUUAUUGAGAGUCGAUAGCCAAAAUGUCUUUGGUCUAAUCUGCUAUGAACUGAGAGAUUUUUCAAAAUGGCAGAUGCAUGAACUGUAUUUUGCAUGUUUAAAAUAAAAACAACACAGUUUUGCAGUUGUCUUUA